AUGAAUUGUCCUUUAAUUCGUCACGAAAGUAAAGAUCCAAACUCCCCACAUAAAAUUACUGUGAAAUGUUGCGAGGAUUUAAAGAAUUAUUCACGACAUAUUGAUGAGCUAAUUGAGAAACAAACGUCAAAAGAAUUAAAGAAUAAUCGGUUGCGGCUCAAAACCUCAAUAGAGUGUGCUCGAUGGCUAGCAUUCCAAGCUUGUGCUUUUAGAGGUCAUGAUGAAAGCCUUGAUUCAAAAAAUAGAGGUAAUUUUAUUGAAUUGAUAAAAUUCACAUCAACUUUCAAUGACAAAGUAGCUAGUGUUGUCUUGGAAAAUACUCUAGGAAAUGCCAAAUAUACAUCACCCACAAUUCAAAAGGAGAUUUUGCAUAUUCUUGCUAGUAAUGUGCGAAAUGCUAUUUGUGAAGAAAUUGGGGAUGCAAAAUUUUGCAUUCUUGUUGAUGAAGCCUGGGAUGAGUCGAAGAAAGAGCAAAUGGCCAUCAUUUUGAGGUUUGUUGAUAAAGAAGGUUUCAUUAAAGAGUUUUUCUUUCAUGUUGUCCUUUCUCAUUACAACCUCCACAUUGAAAAUAUUCGAGGUCAAGGAUAUGAUGGGGCUAGUAACAUGCGUGGUAAAUGGAAUGGAUUACAAGCUCUUUUUCUUAAAGAUUGCCCAUAUGCUUAUUAUGUACAUUGUAUAGCUCAUAGGUUGCAAUUAGCUCUAGUUACAGCAUCUAGAGAAGUAAAAGAUGUUCAUCAGUUCUUUGAUCAUUUGGUUAAUAUUAUCAAUAUUGUUGUUGGUUCUAGUAAGCAUAAUGAUGAAUUGCAACAUGCUCAAGCAGAACAAGUUGAGAAUAUGAUUGCUUCUAAUGAAAUUGAGACUGGAAGAGGUGCAAACCAGUGGUACUUUGCAACGAGCUGGAGAACUAGGUGGGGAUCUCAUUUUCAAUCUAUUUGUAGUUUGAUUAAAAUGUUUGAUGUUACUUGCAAAGUUAUCAACACUAUCUCUGAGGAAGGGGCUAACUAUAAACAACACGGUAAUGUCGAGGGAGCUUAUCAGGUAUUAACAUCAUUUGAAUUUAUUUUAAUCUUGCAUUUGAUGAAAGAGAUAAUGAGAAUUACUAAUGUUCUUUUUCAAGCUUUGCAACAACAUUCUCAAGAUCUUUUAAAUGCCAUGCAUUUAGUUUCAACUACAAAAUCAAUAAUUCAAAAGUUGAGAGAUGAUGGAUGGGAGCCUUUACUUGAUAGUGUUAUAUCAUUUUGUGAGCAACAUGAAAUUGAUAUUUCUGAUAUGAAUACUCGUUACACUAAAGGUCAAGGUAGAUAUCGUCGUCAAGAUGAAGAUUUAACAAUGGAACAUCAUUUUAGAAUUGGCAUAUUUACAGUUGCAAUAGACUUUCAAUUGCAAGAAUUGAAAAGUAGAUUUUGUGAGCUAACAACGGAACUUGUCAUUCUUAGUUCAGCUUUAAAUCCCAAGAAUGCUUUUAGAUUAUUCAAAAUUGUUGAUAUAUGCAAUUUGGUUAAGAAAUAUUAUCCUCAAGAUUUCACUGUACAUGAACAAGAACUUUUGAAGUCUCAAUUGUAA